AUGCCCAUAAAGGGAAAUGUGUGUGGCUAUUCCAAUGGCUUAUUUUUGUGUUGCACCGGUAGAUACACAUCAGGUCAAGGUUACUUUGUGUAUGAUCCACUCACCAAGGAAUGCACCCACAUAGCUCCUUUUCCUGACACAAAUAAGGAAGCACACAUGUUUGCUGUUGGCUUCAUUUCUGAAACCACAAAUUCUACUCGUCAUUUUUUGGUGGUGAUUGUGAAUUCCUUUAUAAGAAGACUGAGUCAUUUUAGAAUAAAGGUUUUCCUCUCAGAGUCAAGUAAGUGGUUUAUAAUAUAUAUGUCGUGCUUAAAUGGAUUUGCUUUUGCUCCUCAAUGGAUGCUUAGUUUGGCACAUAAAGGAAAUCUGUAUUUCAUGGGUGCGACAAGUAUUCUUGUGAUUAAUUGCAUUUCGGUGGGCUGUCAUACAAUUGAUUAUCCUGAAGAUGCUAAUGUUAUGAAUAUAGUGAGCUUUGGAUACCUAGGGUGCUCUGGUGGAACUUUGAAGAUUGCAUAUAUUAGCGACGAUAAUCAUUUGAGAAUGUGGGAACUGAUAUCGCAAGCAGAAGACACCACCCAAAAUAACUUUUACCAAACAUGGCAAUUGGUGCACAUGACCAAUCUCUCUAUGCACCUCCCUACCAAGUUUUGUGUUAAUUACUUCAAGCGUGUAGGGGGAUUUCAUCCCUAUGAUGGGGACAUUGUGUAUUUGCAUUCCUUUAUUGAUGGGAUUUUCGUUGCUAACCUAAGGACUAAUAAGUUUGAGUACAUUCCUGGUUAUGACAAGUUCGAUAUCAGUCCUUUCCAACUAGAGCUCCCGCUCCCACCUCCUCUUUCAUCCACAAAUAAUUAA